AUUUUACGCCACUGAACUGUGGCAGCUGCCAAACAAUUUGCUCUAGACGUUUUUUGUAUUCAAACAAACUGUCACUUUAAUACGGUCUGGUAUGAUCUUUACAUUCCGUAGAUUUCAAAAUGUUUAUCGCUUAUUUAAAUUCAAACGUUGUAGAUUUUUUACUGUGCAUUUGUUUGAAAUCGGUAAGUGAGUGGUAGAAGACGAAUGCAUGCGGAUCCCGGUUUUAACUCAUAAGGUAAAGAUUCAGCUUGCAGCGCAAAAACCAAGCCGUGCUCUGCAAGACAAAUUGAGCGCACAUGUACAGUAUAUCGAACGGUUCGAACUGCUCGAAUGCACAUGGGUGUGAGUAUUAGCAAAUACUUAAAAGGUGGAGAGGAAACGGUUAAAUCUCUCAUAUUUAGCACCAAACGAAUCAGUUGUCUGCUAAACGGUGAGGAAAACGGUUGUGCGAAUAGCCAGAAACGUAAUUAACGCAAUCGUGGAAUCAAUCGUGUACUUACAUACAUAUGCAUAUAUUUUAAAUUUUUUUUUAGUUCUUUGGUUGACGAUAGAAAAAUUUUUAAUAUAAAGUUUAAAUGUCUAAAAAUAAAAUAUAUAAAUUUGUUUGGAUUAAAGAAAAAUAAUAAUUUUAAAUAAUCGUGUAUAUAAUCCAUACGCUAAGCUUUUGUGUUUUUGCAGCUAUUUGUCUAUUGAACUGUGCAAAAGCAAACCAAGAAAACACAAGUUACUAUUUACUAUUUAAUUCAGCGCAACAAACUUCAGCAACAUUUGCAUUUUCGUGUUUAUAAACAAAUGUCGCUAAGCCGAGAAACAGUGAUAUAUUGAAAAUACACAACGGUACGUGUGUUUGUGUGUGAAUUUGAGAAGAAAAGAAGAAAAAGACGUCGAAUUUAUGCGAAAACGAAAACUAAAAUAAAUAAAUUGCAAAUACUACAAUAAAAAUAAGCACAAACACAAAUAAUUAUUUAACAAAAAAGAAUACAACAUUACAAUUUGUGAGUGAAAAUUGUUUUAAAAUUCCACGGUUGCAGCAACAUUAAUCGUCUUUGGAACAGUACUUCAAUGUCACUGCAGCCGCUAAUAACAAUACUAUUCCUUGCACGCCAAAAGCAAUAACAACAAAAACCACAACAACAAUGUAGCAGCGAUUUAUAGUAAUACGCGUUAUAGUGCUGAAAACACAAAGAGAUAAAUAAAGAAAAAACGAGGACAAGUGCGCAUGAAAUCUCCUUCUAGAAAACUAGUAGCCAAACAAAACCAAAUACUAAUAGUAGUAGUAAGAUAAAUCAACAACAAACAUACAUCUAAUAGACUGUUUGAUUUAAAACUUGCCAAUGACAAGACGUAUUUACACUUAAAUUAAGCGCAAUUAGCGAUUCUAAAAACGCCCAUGCGCACUGAAAGUAUUUCGAGCGGACGACACUGCAGCGCAUCCGCAUACGCAACUGGAGCGGCAUCCGUUGCAGCAGUAUCAGCUGCAGCAAAUAUGGCAGCCAUGCCAGUCGUCUGGUGCACAGAUCCAAAUUCAGUAAAUAAACAACCCACAGCUUUCGCGCUUCAUGGCAUUCAAUUGCAGGGUAACGUGACAGAGAAACAAGUAUUGGCGCUGCGCGAAUUGGUGAAUGCCGCCGCUGAGGGUAGACUGAUACUACCUGCUGAUGGCACUUUUGUGUUGUUAGACAGCGGCAUUAGUAUUGAGAGUUCAAUAGUGAAAAGCGGUGAUGACGCCGAUGCCGAUGGCAAUAAAGAAAAUGCAGCGGAUAAUAUUGUUGCAAAUGUGACAAAUGGCAGCUGUGGAGAGGAGAAAAUUACAAAGAACACCUACAUUCUUAUGCCCGUGGCAACAACCAAACCUCAGCCAUCGCAAGAACAACACCCAACAAAUUUGUUCAGCGCUACCACAGCAGCCGUUGCAGAGCAAUUUGAUGUUAUCGAAGAAGAGAAAGAAGAAGUGUUGCAAGCGCAGGAAGUUCUAGUAUCGCAGUUUAAAGAUGAGGAGCCCGAGCCGAAAUACUCCACAUUCACGCCGCCUAGCUCGAAUGACGGCGAAGAAAUACUAUACGAAUUUCUCUGUUGUGCGAAAUGUAUGAAUGAAAUGUACGCGUCCAGGUAUCAAGCGUCUCCGACAAGCGCUACGCCUACACGCAUGCGGUAUAGUAGUUGCCAGUAUUCCACAGACGCGCUUGCGCCAAAGAGCAAUGAAAGCCGGCGCGCUUUAGCUGCAGAACGACUACAUCGAUUACUCAGGACUUCCGGUCGCGCCUGCGCCUUCGUUGAUUGGGGCGCAUCAGUCAGGCCAGCGACUGGUAUAAAGGCCAGUGAAUCGUCAAUGCCAUUAGAUGAUCCUGUAUACAGUAUUGCCAAUAAGUACACGCGCCGGUAUCAACGCAAAUAUUGCCUUAACUCUGCCUCGGCAUUAGCCGCACGUAAUCGACAAAAUCGUCGCAAAUUACCAAUGCAAAGCGUAAAAAUCUUUCAUAAUCGUAGCAUUGCAAUCACAAAUGUUGGUAGUUGUAGUGGAGGUAGUGGGGGCAGUAGUGUAAGCAAUAACCGAAACAAUAAAAUCGGCUGCGCUCCACUGUCAACGAUAUUAUCAUUACCUGCUUAUGCGACGGUGAACAAAAAUAAAAUCAGCAAUGAAGCGACGACACAGUCAAAUAGUGGAGCGAUGUUAGCAGAGGAAUGCAACGAACAAAUGGGGAGAAGUGGCAGAAACCAGACAAGGCUGGGAACGGAGGUAGAGGUAGACAAUUUUGAAGCGCCGAGAAUGCAGACGGUAGUCAACGCGGUGGUGGAAGAUGACAUACAAAGGCAUUCUCUUCGUGAUAAGCUAACGAACUGUGAUACACCAAUGGAAGAGGUAGUCUCUACUGAAGUAGUUAAAGAUCUAAUUAGUUUCGACGACGAUGAUAAUGAUAAUGCUGAGUUGAGGACAGCAAACGACAAUGUAUGCGGUCCGUCGCGAAAAUUCGUUUGCGAAUCAAAGACCUUCGAUUUGUUGUGCGCACCGAACAAAGAGCUGACACCGUCAGCCAUCAUAGCCAGCGAUCACGAUCGUGACGCCGACACCAACGACUGCAACCUUCCACUAUCAACACAUGCGCUUUGCAUGCAAAUUAGCGAAUCAGCCGAAUCCGCGGCCUACCCAACGACUAACACUGUCGACACCAGUAUAGCUGCUGCUGCUGCUGCUGCUGAGACUCAAGCCACGGUAGCUGGGCAAUCGCACAGUAAUAAUUCGAGUCGAAAAACGAGUUUCGAUUCAACUUGCACCAUCAGUUCAAUGGAUUCUGGUUUCAUUGAGAUGCAGAAUAAAUUGGAGAGCUCGUUGCAGAGUGCUGCUGGCGCUUUACUGUUUGCCGCUGCUGCCACAUCCUCAUCAGCUGCGAAUGUGCGGCCAUCAAUUGCGCAAAUCUUCGAUGAUGUCACCAAUGUGGCAGGUGCCGAAAAUGCCACUUCACCAGGGUGUGGUAAUGCUAAGCAUGAAGCAUUGAGCACUGGCGAGCCUUGUGAUGCGCCAGAGAAGAUCGCGCGUCUCAACUACAAAGAGUGCCUUACCCAGUCACGCAACCGGCGCAAGUCCUACGAAGAAUUCAAGGCAAUGUUUGCCGCAGCAGCAUAUAUGGAAGGAGCAAACAAUGCGGCGUCGGAAAUAUGCGCACGUCGCAAAGCGUCGCAAGUACGUAGUGGCAGCUGUUGUGAAAAGGAAACACAAUCCGGCGCGUCAAUGACAACGCUAGCAGCAGCAACAACGACGGCGGCAACAAUGUCGAAUGCAUUAGAAUCGAUAUCAGAACAGGUUGUAACCAAAGCGGAGGGGGAGUGCCGCCAGCCUGGUGAUGGUGGUACUAGUGGAGUAGUGGCUGGUAUGAUGCCAAUUGCCGGGUCCAAACUUGCCAGUCACAGUAACGUCGCCGCUGCUGCUAUCAACGAGUUGAACACAUUUGCUAUGAAUGUGAAUAGCGACGCGAAACCGGAUUGUGUAAACAAGUUUGCGGUGAGCAUUGCUGAAAUGAAUACUACUGACGUGUCCGCCUCACUGACCGCACCAUCAGCGUCUGCGUUAGCGACGGCGACGACGAGGACGUCGGCGUCUACAAUACAACGUCGGCCAACCACAGAAAUUUUGCGUAAGAAUUCCGAUUUUCUAUCGCAAAUACUCGAUCAAAAGCUGCUAGCGGCCAAAGAGAAAGAAAAAGCGCACAUACGUCGCAAAUCAUAUGAAGAGUUCAAACGUUUGGUGCGCGAUUGCGAAGCAAUGGAUAUGACAGAAAAAUCCAGUGAAGCUGCAAAAAGUGCAACCGCUCUGUCGGCAACGCCAUUUAAACGCCAAAAUUCGCGGCAUAGUAAAAGUUACGCGUCAUUUUUGCUUAUGCGCCGCAAUUCGUUAAAAGAACAACAAAAAGUGGCAGCUGCCGCAAUGACUACUACAAACUGCACUGCCAACGUUGAGCCACUACUUGAGCGUAGCGAUGAUGUUGCCACCGAAGCGCAACUACAAAGCAGCAAUAGAGCCAUAGUACCGUCUGCAACAGCGCCUAUCAACAAAGGUAUCGAUAGUUGCAGUGGCAAUAAUUAUAGACGUAACUUUAAGAUCUAUGAUAAGCUAGUUUACGGCACCAUUUAUGACAUAAUACAACGUAAAAAUGACAUUUACAACCUGACAUACCAUAAAUAUGACAAAUAUAUGACAUACGGCACCAUUUAUGAGAUUCUACACCGCAAGACGUCGCAAGCAUCCUCUACCACGUCGUCGGUCACAAGCGCGGGCGAUUUCUUUCAACGCAAAAGUCUGUCUGCUAUUUUGGAAAAAGAUGGCGGUUUGACUGGGCAUGAAAAAAAAGAACAUACUUCUAAAGCAGAAAAGGACAAACACAAAGAAGGCAAGGAAAAACACAAGUCAUUAAAGCCAACAAUGAUUUACGAUAUUAUACAAAAACAACAGCACCAACAACAGGGACAAAGUAUUGAAGUUCAUGCUGCCAUAGGGAGUAGCGCUAGCGUUCCAAAUGGGGCCAUCUCGACCGCAAAUUCUGCUUCCUCGUCCACACUUUUGGGUAGUGGUCGCAAAUAUGGCACGAUUUAUGAUAUUUUACAAAUGGAGAAAUCAGAUACCAGCACAGCUACAGCUGUCCUAUCUGCGGCGCACCCAGAAUCCAAGAAUCGUUUUAUUGUCAGUAAAAUUGAUGAAACUGCUGUCAUGGAGACAUCAACAGCUAGUGGCGUCAAUACGCACCAACCCAUAGAAAACCCUGUCAAAAAUGCGGGUUACACAGCAUCCAACGCAAAAAAGUCGCAAAGCGACAAUGCCGCCCAUUGUGAUUCGCAAAAAUCUGCGAAACCAUCGAAGCCAAAUAAAAUGAGAAGACUGUCUAAUAUAUUGUCCUAUAGUAAGCAACAUACAAAGUCUGAGAAGUCGGCAAGCAACGAACGCAUCGAUGAACAACCAGAGCCGCCAGCUGAUUCACGUGACAUUGAAGACGCGUCCAAAUCAAAGCAUGUGCUGCACAAACGCCGUGUUGGCUUGUCGCAGCUAUUGCCGCUGGACAGUGAAGAAUUAUAUGCGCGUAUUAUUGCACAAAGUCGCGGCGCCACCUCAACUGCUGGCAAGCUGGGGAUCGGCGGCGCUCCUAUUAUGAAAUCCAGUUCACUAGAUGGCAUCUCGGCGGCAGCGGCCGCUUUGGUCUCGCCACCUGCCACACCUUCGCCACCCUCACCACGCCGCAGCCUCAAGCAACAUAAUUGUUUACAUCUUGGUGUAACGUCUGCACAGAGACGGCUCGUCAAAAAACUGUCUCUAGAUAGCUUCGAAGCGAGUGCGGCACGCCAGGAUCGCUCGCCAAUACGACGCUGGUCCAAUCAAAUGCCUAUCAAAUGUAACUGCAUGCCUGCGGGUGACUCGCGUGAAGGUUCGCCGGUUUCGUUGGCGAGCAGCAAUGAAGAUUUGUGCGCAUGCCCGUCUAUUGUCAUAGAAUCGACUGCACAACAAUGGCAACAACAACGCCAACCACACCACUUUAGUCAUCACCAUCACCAGCCACUGCAACACAAGCAUACGUGCCCAAAUUUCUUGAUAUUCACAUCGAAUACAACAACAACAACGGAAACACAAGCAUCACAAGUCGCAACGCUUCUACCAUCGCCUACGUCGUCUACUUGUGUCGGUAAUGCCGAUUGUGCUUGCGCGUCACUGGAUAAUUUUAAAAACUUCAGACUCAAUGCACCGUUGAGUAUUAAAACGAAUGCCAACAAUAGCAGCAAAGUUGCGACGCCCGCAGCACCAACGAAGGGCGGUGGUAGUUCAGCGCUGGCGUUGACCAAGAACGCCAAGUCGCGCCGCUUGUCGGAAUUUACGCGCGGUGAAUUUCUAAACGAAAAACCUUGGUACUUCCGCAAGAUAAAACGAAUUGAGGCUGAGAAGAAACUAUUACUGCCAGAAAAUGAACAUGGAGCAUAUUUGAUACGCGACUCUGAGAGCCGCCACAACGACUAUUCCCUAUCAGUGCGUGAUGGUGAUACAGUAAAGCAUUACCGUAUACGGCAACUGGACGAGGGUGGCUUUUUUAUUGCGCGCCGCACAACUUUUAGAACACUCCAAGAACUUGUUGAGCAUUAUUCCAAGGAUUCCGAUGGUUUGUGCGUCAAUCUAUGCAAGCCAUGCGUACAGAUCGAGAAACCCGUCACCGAAGGCCUAUCGCAUCGAACACGCGAUCAAUGGGAGAUCGACAGAACUUCACUCAAAUUUGUGCGCAAAUUGGGUUCCGGUCAAUUUGGCGAAGUAUGGGAGGGAUUGUGGAAUAAUACCACACCAGUAGCAAUUAAAACGCUGAAGUCAGGCACAAUGGAUCCAAAAGACUUUUUGGCUGAAGCUCAAAUUAUGAAGAAGCUGCGUCACACAAAACUCAUACAACUCUAUGCUGUUUGUACAGUAGAGGAGCCCAUUUACAUCAUUACAGAAUUGAUGAAGCACGGCUCUCUGUUGGAGUACCUGCAAGUACUUGCAGGCAAGGGACGCAGUCUGAAAAUGGCGAUACUCAUCGAUAUGGCCGCACAAAUUGCCGCUGGCAUGGCUUAUUUGGAGCAACAGAAUUACAUUCACAGAGACUUGGCAGCGCGUAAUGUGCUGGUGGGCGAUAAUAAUGUUGUCAAGAUUGCCGAUUUUGGUUUAGCGAGACUUAUCAAAGAAGACGAGUAUGAGGCCCGUGUCGGUGCACGUUUCCCUAUCAAAUGGACAGCUCCCGAAGCGGCCAACUACAGCAAAUUCUCUAUUAAGUCUGAUGUGUGGAGUUUUGGCAUUUUACUCACCGAGUUAGUGACGUAUGGACGUAUACCAUACCCGGGUAUGACUAAUGCCGAAGUGUUAACCCAAGUCGAACAUGGCUAUCGUAUGCCAGCACCGCCCAGUUGCGAACCACGCCUAUACGAAAUUAUGCUUGAGUGCUGGCACAAGGAUCCAAUGCGACGACCGACCUUCGAGACACUGCAAUGGAAGCUGGAAGACUUCUACACAUCAGAUCAGAGUGAUUAUAAAGAAGCGCAGGCCUACUGAUAAAUGCUUUACACUUCCAGCAGCACGUCUCACAUUAGCGAUAAUAUAAAAAAACAACAUAUACUACAACAUAGUAAUUGCCAACGCCACAGGAACAACAACAUCCACAAUAAUAUACACAACAACACUAAUAAGAUGAGUCGCAGCAGUAGCAGUAUGUUGCCAAUUGGCGCAGCAGCGCCAGCAACAGCAGUAGCAACAACCUCAACAUCAACUACGACAAAUGCAACUGCAAAGAUGACAACAAAAGCGACAACGUCGAUAGCCAAUAAAGCUGCAGCCGAUGGUGCCAAGUCGUUACAGGUAGCAAGAACAAUAACAACACCAGUCAAGCCAAUACCUAAGUUGCGGCACGUGACGACAAGCAAAAGCAACAAUCGGCAUAUCAGCAAAACAAAGCAAAGCAAUUCGAAGCAUCUUCCCAAAUCGGACAAUUAAGACUAAAUUUUUCAUGACACUCAUUUAAAAAUGGUUAGAUGAAAUAUAAGAAAAAAUAAAUAAAUACUAAAGCUGAUAAUUUGAAAAAAGAUAGAGCAAAUUGAUACAAGCUAACAGGUAGCAACUUAAAUUAUGCGCAAAAACAAUUUGUGUUUGUGAAAAAGGAAAUUUGCAUUAUCUCAAAAACUGAGCGAAAAUUUUUAUAAUUUAUGUUGUAUUCGGAAAUAAUACAAUUUAAAAUAUGUGUAAGACUUUAGAUAUAUUUAGCAAAGAUUUUUUGUUUUUCGAUUCUCUCCAUCACCUUAUUAAAUUUUUUGUCACAUUCUUUUUUUUUGUUUUUUUUUUUUUAUUUUAACGUAUGUAGUUUUUUUUACAAAGCAAACAAGUAAUAAUAAAAAUAUUUAAUGUAUUAUUAUUUAUAUGGAUAUUCGAAGGAGGAAAUAUUUACAUAAUUUUAUAGGCAGAAAUAUAAUGCAAAUAAACGUACAUACACAUACAUACCGACAUAGACAUUGUGAAAGUCAGAGGUUAUAUAAAUAUACAUAUUUCAUGAAUAAACGCAUACACACAAAACGCAUAUGCAAGUAAAUAAAAUAUAUACAUGUAUGAUUUUUAAAAUUUAAGUAAAUUUAUUUACAAUGUUGUUUUGUGUUGCUUAUUACCGCUACCUUUAUGAAUAUGUUAUGUGAUUCGACUUACAUACAUACAAACAUACUAUAUAAGACUUGCUUGUAUUAAAAUCGAAAAAUCAAAACGAUUGCAUGAGCUUAACAAGUACUCGUGCCUUCUCUUGUGCUGCAUAUUAGCUUGCUUUUUGUAAAAAAAUCUAUAUCCCAUCAACAAUUCAAUUGUCUUUGUUUUUAUACCCUUUGGCAAAACACACGGAUUGCAAAUGUUAUUGUCUAAUUUUGCACCAUUGCAAUGAAUGUUACGAACAUUGUAUAUUUUUAGCAAGUGUACAUUUGUUCCAUUAUAAUUAAUCCAAAACUCACAAAACAAGAAACCAAUCAGCAGUAGCUGUAAUCAAAAGUGUUAAGUGAAACAGGCAAAUACAUAUACAUAUAUGCACACACAUAUACCAUACUAGUACCAUAUACUUACACAUAUGCUGAUUUUGUCUAAAAACUUUUGUUUCCAUUAUUCGCAUAAAUGUUUUGUAAUUCUAGUUUUAGUAAACUUAAUUAUUACAUACAUAUAUAUGCUUAUACAUACACAAAGUAUAAUUUAAGUACUGUUAGGUUAUUACUAUUAAAAUUAUUACUAUUACUAUUACUUUUAUUACAAAAGUGAAUGCAAAUUGACCGAUUAAAAUAAAUCUAUACAAAUUUAUAUUACAACAAAACAAAAAAACAUCGUACAUCUCUAUAAAUUUGAUGUUGGAUUGUAUUUAUUGUGUGGCAAAACCCCUCGUAAAAAAUGUUGGCAUUUAGUAUAUUGUGGAUUGGCAUUAAAACUGACAAAACAAACAAAAACAGCUGUGGGCUGGCUGGGAUAUUAGCUGGCCGACAGCAAGUGAGACAUAUGUGUUGUUGCGAAGUGAAAGUUUAUCUAUCUUGAUUAGACGAAAAUAUGAAUACGUAGAGAAAAGUGACUAAGGCAAAAAAAAAAAACAAAA